GCUCUAGCUGCUCGUGCUCUAUGGUAACCCGGGAAGUGUCAUGGCGGCCGUCGAGGUGGCAGCAGAAUCCGGAGCCGCCGCAGCUGACUGAGAGGACCGAGCAGGCUGGCGGGGCCUUCCUCAUAAGACCCGCACUCGGCUUUUCCUUCUUGAGGCGGCUCGGCCAGAGAGCUAAACCGGUGGGGGAAGCGGCGCCGCGGAGAGCCAGGGAGCGCCGUUGUUGCUGCUGCUGCCGCCGCUGCCGCCGCUGCCCCCCUUGCUAUCCUUCCUGUAUUGUGGCAGCUGCCAGCAGCGAUGGCGUCGUGGUUGGGGGGCCUGGGCGCCGGUCUGGGCCAGUCCCUGGUGGGCCAGGUGGGGGGCAGCCUGUCCACACUCACCGGGCAGAUUUCUAGCUUCACCAAGGAUAUGCUGCUGGAAGGCACGGAGGAGGUGGGAGAUACUGCAACAGACUUUGGUGUAUCCAGUUCUAACAUGAAGGAUACAGAAAAUACUUAUACUACACUGAGGUCAGAGAAUGAGAGACUGAAGAAAGUUUGUAAUGAUCUGGAAGAAAAACACGAAGCAGCAGAGCUUCAGCUAAAACAACUGUCUAUAGAAUACCGGAACCAACUGCAACAGAAAGAGGUGGAAAUCAGCCAUCUGAAAGCUAGGCAUCAUGCACUACAAGAACAAUUGCAGAUGGUGCAGUCAGCUGCUCAUUCGGCACAGUUAGGAACAGGAGUCUCAUCAACCACUACGUCAGCUUCUUUUGUCCCUAUGGUCAGACAUGCAUCUUCUGGUUUUCAAGGAGAUGACAUGGACUUUGGAGAUGUAAUCUGGUCCCAGCAAGAAAUAAACAGAUUAUCCAAUGAUGUUUCUAGGCUUCAAUCUGAAGUUGACCAUUGGAAGAAGAUUGCACAGUUCUCCAAACUACAAGGAUCAAGCAACACAGAUGAGAAUGAAAUCUGCAAUCUCCAAAAUAUUAUCAAGGACCUAAAACAGAGUUUAAGUAAAAAAAUAGAUGAGCAUCAGCAUGAGCUUUCAGUAUUACAGGAUGCGCAUCGUCAGAAAUUAGCAGAGAUAAGCCGGCGUCAUAGAGAAGAACUGGGUGAAUAUGAAGAACGAAUAGAAGAACUUGAGGAUCAGUUACAGAAAGGUGCUGGAACUGAAAGUGGACUGCAGAGCAGUAUGGCUAAAUCCACAGCAGCACGCUUGAAGGAGUUGGAGGAUGAAGUGAGAAUUGUAAAUCAAAAACUGUCUUCAGUUGAAGAAGAAAAAAGGGCUGUCUUGAAAGAGUUUAAAUUGGUAAAAAUGGAGAAAAGUCAAGUAAUGCAAGAAUAUGAGAGACUGAAAUCUGAAACCAGUAAACUUCAUUCUCCUGUUCCAAGAGAGCAAGAUGGUUUGGAAACCCAGAAUGAAGCCUCCCAACAGGCAGAACAAUCUCUGCAAGCAGAAGUUUUCCGGUUACAGCAAGCCCUGCUUGAUGCAGAAAACAAAAUAACAAGACUUACACAAUCAAAUCAGGAAGGAUUUCAGAAAGAAGAGACAGUUUUACAACCACAUUAUGAGAAUGCUACACACACAUCCACUGAAGGACAGAACUUAGAAUUAAACCAGUUACGACAAGACUUGGAAAAGAAACAACAUGAAUUUAAUGAAAUGGUUGCUGAAAAGGAAGCUCUGCUAGCAGAACUGGAAGAACUGGAUAAGCAGAAUCAUGAAGCUACACAGCACAUGAUUAUAUUAAAAGAACAGCUACUGAAACAGAAUGCAGAAGCUGCUAAUACUAUUAACCAGCUUAAAAUUGACACAGAUUCUGAAAAAAGAAAAACAUCUAAACUGGAAGCUGAGAAAAUGGAAAUGAAAGAAGAGCUAAAAGCCCAGAGAGAGAAAUUAACUCAAUGUACAUUUGCACUUAAUGAUUUGCAUAUGACCAAGCAACAGUUAGAGAAUAAAGUAAAAGAGCUAGAAGAACAGUGGAAAAAAUCCCAGGAUUUUAACUUGAAAAAUAAACAGGAAAUAGCAGAAAUAGAGAAACUGCUAAAGUGUAGAGAAGAUGAGCUUUCUGCAGUUCAAAAUGAAUUAUCAAAAGUAAAUCAACAGUCUAACAGUAGCGAUCAAGAACUUUCAACCAAGGAACAAGAAAUUUCAAAGCUGAAUGAGCAAAUCACAGAAAAUAAGCUUGCAAGUAAAGACUUGGAGAAAUCGGUUUCAGCUCUUCAGAAAGAAAAAGAAAUGCUUCACAUAGCGUGUGAAGAACUAAAACAGCAGCUGCAAGAAGCUAAUAGUGAGAAGAGUAAGAUUGCUUUGGAAAAAGAUACUAUGUUGGAAGCUUUGAAAAUAGAAAAAGGGCGGUUAGAAAGUGAACUAAACCAGGCUGAAAGCAGAUUGUUGGAACAAGCACAUAAAUAUGAGCAUACUAUAGAGGAGCUAUCAAAUGCACGGAAUAUGAAUACCACUGCAUUGCAGUUUGAACAUGAACGCUUAGUCAAACUCAAUCAAGAGAGAGACUUUGAGAUAGCAGAACUGAAGAGGAACAUUGAGCAAAUGGAAGCUGACCACGAGGAAACCAAAGAGAUGUUAACAACUAGCUUAGCAGGGCAAAAGCAACUGACAGAGCUCAUAAAAGAGAAAGAGAUAUUUGUUGAAAAGUUUAAAGCCAGAGCUUCAGAAUUGGAGCAGGAACAUAAUGUUUAUAUUAAGGACUCCAAGCGACUUGAACUUUUAAAACUACAUUUAGAAGAGAAGGAGAGAAGCCUUUCAGCCAUGAAAGAAGAAAAUAAUCACUUGAAAGAAGAAAUAGAACGAGUGAAGGACCAGCAGAAUAGAUCACCCCCUUUGGCUGAGCCCAAAACCCUAGAUAUUAUCACUGAACUUGAAGCAGAAAUAACACAGUUAACUGUACUGAAAAACAGUCUUGAAGAAGAGUUGAAACUUAGCAAAAGGGCAUUAGAAGAGCAGAAUCAGAAAAUGUUCCAACUCCAGCAAACUUUGGAGGAGCGUAAAAAAGAGAUUGAGGCAUCCAGAUUUCAGCAUGAACAAGUGAGCAUUGCUCAUACGCAGGUGUGCUUGGCGAAGGAUGAAGAAAUCAAAAGCUUACAGAGCACAAUAGAGCAAAUUAAAACUCAGUUGCAUAACCAGAGCCACAUCAUUCAGCCAGACCCUUCUGAUCUCUUUCAGGAAACCAAAGUUCAGACUCUGAAUGGUGAAAAUGGCAGUGAAAAGCAUGACUUGUCUAAAGGUGAAAUUGAAAGGCUGGUAAAAGGCAUCAAAGAAAGAGAAAUGGAGAUCAAACUUCUGAAUGAAAAAAACAUUUCUCUUAGCAGACAGAUUGAUCAGUUAUCAAAGGAUGAAGUCGGUAAACUUACGCAGAUUAUCCAAGAGAAGAACUUAGAAAUACAAGCUCUCCAUGCCAGGGUUUCUUCUUCAGCUUAUAGGCAGGAUGUCCUUUACCUUCAACAGCAAUUACAAGCCUAUGCCAUGGAAAGAGAGCAAGUGUUGGCAGUGCUCAGUGAAAAGACAAGAGAGAACAGUCAGUUAAAAACUGACUAUCACAAGAUGAUGGAUAUUGUAGCAGCUAAGGAAGCAGCUUUGAAGAAACUGCAAGAAGAGAACCAAAAACUAGCCAAUGAGUUUGAAAGUAGCAGUCAGGGCAUGUCCCGAGAGACUAUUAAGAACUUAUCCCGUAUAAUUCGAGAGAAAGAUAUCGAGAUUGAUGCAUUAAGUCAGAAAUGCCAGACUUUAUUGACUGUCCUCCAGACAUCCAGCAUGGGUGGAGAUAGUGAACUGGGAGGAAUUAAUAGCAAUCAGUUUGAGGAACUUUUGCAGGAACGUGAUCAACUGAAACAGCAAGUGAAGAAGAUGGAAGAGUGGAAGCAACAAGUAACAACCACUGUCCAGAACAUGCAACAUGAGUCAGUUCAUUUCCAAGAAGAACUGCAAAGGCUUCAGACGCAGAUUUCAGCUGAUAGCGAGAACAGUUCCAGGUUGCAGACAGAGUAUAACGGUUUGAUCCAGAGCUAUGAGCAGAAUGAGCGAAAGCUGAAAACGUUCAGCGAAGAAUUGGUGCAUGUUCAGCACAGCAUAGGAGAACUUAGCAGCACCAAAGAUUUUAUUCUAGAGAAGCUUGACAUGGUAACACCAUCUCUGCCAGUAAUGUCUUCCACUGUCAGACAGUCAUUAGAUGUAGCCAGUGGCUCUGCUUCUCAGAGGCUUAUUGCUGAGUCCAAACCACUAAGUGAGGAACUGGAGCACAUGAAGAAAAUACUACAGGAAAAAGAUGCAACUAUCCGGACUCUGCAGGAAAAUAACCAGAGGUUGUCGGAUUCUGUGGCUGCAUCAUCGGAACAAAAAGCUCAAGAGGCGUCUGAGUUGGAGAUCAAGCACCUGAAGGAGAAGUGUGACGUCUUGCAGAAGUCACUCAGGGAAAAAGAUCUGCUAAUAAAAUCAAAGAGUGAUCAAUUACUUUCUCUAAGUGAGACUCUUAGUAAUAAAGAGAAUGAGAAUGAGGUGCUGAAGCAAGCUGUGACGAAUUUGAAAGAACGAACCCUGGCUUUAGAAAUGGACCUCUGCAAGCUGAAAGAAGAAAAUGACAAAAUAGUGGCAAGAUGCCGAGAGAAGGAAACAGAAUUUCGCGCACUGCAAGAAACUAACAUGCAGUUUUCAAUGAUGUUGAGGGAGAAGGAGUUUGAAUCUAAUUCAAUGACGGAGAAGGCUCUGACCUUUGAAAAACUGUUGAAAGACCGAGAGCAGGGAAAGACAGGGGAGCUGAACCAGCUAUUAAAUGAAGCCAAGUCAAUGCAAGAGAAGGCCGUUGCUUUCCAGCAAGAGAGAGAUCAAGUCAUGUUGGCCCUCAAGCAGAAACAAAUGGAGGCCAGUGCCCUUCAGAAUGAGGUGCAGCAUUUACGUGACAAGGAGCAGCGUCUCAACCAAGAACUGGAGAGACUGCGCAACCACCUAUUGGAAAGGGAAGACACUUCCACACGUGAGGCUUUAGCAGCCGAAGAGAGAGAAUCGAAACUUAAAAAGAAAGUCCUGGCUUUGGAGGAAAAGCUGCUGUCCUCAUCUACUGCUGUGGAAAAUGCCAGCCAUCAGGCCAGUAUGCAGGUGGAGUCCUUGCAAGAGCAGUUGAACAUUGUUACCAGGCACAGAGACGAAACUGUCCUUCAGUUAACAAUGGCCCAAGAGCAGGUGAAGCAGUAUGCUGUGUCCCUCGCCAACCUGCAGAUGGUGCUAGAGCAGUUUCAACAGGAAGAAAAAGCCAUGUAUUCAACGGAGCUACAAAAACAUGAAAGGCAGACUGCAGAAUGGAAGAAAAAAGCAGAGCAACUAGAAGAGAAAUUGAUUUCAUUGCAGGAAAACUUAGAGGAAGCAAACGCAGCCUUGGAUUCAGCAUCAAGGCUAACAGAACAACUGGAUCUCAAAGAGGAGCAAAUUGAGGCACUUAAAAGAGAAGGUGAACUCAAACAAGAGAUGUUAGAAGAUGCACAAAACAAGCUAAUGAACCUUAUAAACAGCACAGAAGGAAAAGUGGACAAGGUCUUGAUGAGAAAUCUUUUCGUUGGGCAUUUCCAUACUCCAAAGGACAAGCGUCAUGAAGUGUUAAGGUUAAUGGGAAGUAUCUUGGGAAUAAAGAAGGAUGAACUGGAACAGUUAUUGAUCGAAGACCAAAAAGGUGUUACACGAUGGGUGACUGGAUGGUUUGGAGGAGGCAGCGUGGGAUCAAAGAGUGUUCCCAGCACACCACUGAGACCAACCCAUCAAUCAAUUUUUAACAGUUCUUUCUCAGAAUUAUUUGUGAAGUUCCUUGAAACAGAAUCACGUCCAACUCUUCCUCCGCCAAAACUUUCGGUGCAUGACAUGAAACCAUUAGGAACAACAGGAAUCAGCAAGCCCAGCACUAAUCCUUCCAGCAGUAUCACAGAUCCAACAGGUUUAGGAACCAGCAGAAGACCGGAUGCAAAUCCAUUCCUUGCACCUCGCUCUGCAGCAGUCCCUCUCAUCACCCCAGCUAGUCUUGGAACUGGUGGAUCGGGACAUCUCCUUAUGAAACCUAUUUCCAAUGCUCUGCCCACUUUCACACCUUUGCCAGUAGCUCCCGAUGCUAGUGCUGGAGCAGUACUAAAAGACCUAUUGAAGCAAUAGAUGAUUCAGAGUUGGUGACGACAAUUAUAGCAGCACUUUAAGAAGAAAAAGAAAACCUUUGCAUUUAUGUAAUACGCCAUAAAGAGGCCUUUUGUAAAAAGUUGUAUGUUGAUGGUUUCACUUGCUCUUAACAUGUUUUCCUUUAAAGUUCUAGUUAUGAACUAAUGAAACUCUUUUGAGUGUGGUGGGGAUAUAGCAAGAAUAGUAGUUCUUGUAUUGGUAGGCUAAGUUAACUGCUGAACAUGAGAAAAGGUAAUGCAUAUGUAAAAUUACAAAAAUUAACACCAGAGUUUUAACAAAUCAAGGCAUUCCAGCCAUGCAAUGUACAUGGAUAGUGUGUGUGUUUGAUUUUUUACUGCAACAGGUGACUGAAGAACUGCUACAAAGGACAUAGGAGUAUUAUUCUAAGGUGUGUUUUUAUGUACAGAAAUAGCUGUUGGCACAUUAAGAAUCCUAUGCAACAGGGGUAGGUAAUAUGCAGGCCACAUUUCAUCCAUAUUUAAGUCUACCUUCAGUGGCCCUAGUCUACCCCUUUUUAUAGCCUAGAAUGAUAGAUAAGUAUGUAUCCUCUGCUAUGACUGCUAAGGGAGCUUGAGGAACAUGUUCUAAGCAGAUUGUACAAUAUAGUAUUAUCCUGUGUAGUACUGAACCAGAAUGUUUUCAUACUUCCAAGUAUCUUUUUGGCCUUGAAUUGCACAGACGUGGAGCUGCAGAGGUCUAGGUAUAUACAGUCGUACAAGUGAAUGGUAUUAGUUGACCUGCUCCGUUUUCUAGGAGCACUGGGUGCGGUAGGAUCACAACAUUGUCUCCGGGUGACCAGGAAAUAUCAGCAUUAGUCAGAAUCAGUCUGCUUAAAAUGGGGUAGAUGCAGUGGGAAGUCGGUCUGUGCUCAUUCUCUUCUACAGCUAUUGUUAACAAGUGUCUGUGGAAGAUGCUUUUUUUGGAAAAAUCCAUGAAAAAUGGUUGGCUGCAGCUCUUUUGUCUAUGUGCAGAUACAACCUCAUGACUUCUUAUGUUAGUACAAUGUCUCAGUUGAAUUUUCCAGUUGUUAUAACAAUGAAAAAUUCAGACCUGCUGCCAUUAUGGAGUUCAUGAACAUUUUUCUAAUGCCUAUGCACUCACACUUUGGUAAGCAACCACUUGUAGAAAAUGAUAUGUAUAUUUAUAUUGUAAGUGUGAUUGAAAUACAUUGUACUGCAGUGAUUCAAAAUUUAUAUUUAAGAGAUACACAUUGAUUUGAAUGGAGAGAUAAAAUAUGGACAUAUGUAUAGAGCUUUACUCCAGUAAAAGGUAGAUGCUUUAUUCCAAAUAUGUAAAUAGCAGCAAGCUGAUUUCUGUAAAUUUUGCCAUGCGGACUUGUACCAUUUUUCAGGUACUGACACACAUGCUGGAAGAAGUACUUGACUUCUUGGAUGAAUUGUUUUGAGACACAGCAUCUCUUUAAAGUGUCCUUUUUUCUAAGCCUCUGAAGUUUUAUGCUGUUAUAUGUGUAAUUAGUAUUAAGGUAAUGUAAAGUUCUAUAUUAGAACUUGCACCCUUUCUUCCUCUGCAGUUGGAACUGAAUUACUGUUGAGUGAAUUAUGGAAACAUAGUUGUCCAUGAGCUGCCAAAUGAAUGUAUUCAAGGAGCAUUUUGUUUCUAUUUAUACAUUGGUAAGACUCUGGAAACUUUCGAGUGAAUCUUUGGCUAGCUUUCGAGAGGUGAAAUGCUAUAUUUUCACUUUUUUCAUGUUCUAAUUCCAUUAACUAUUUCAUUUUGUAGACUGGAAGAGGACAAUCUGUUCAAAAUAAAACAGCUAGCAUAGAUUAUUUUGGGGGAAUUUUAUACAAGUUAAUUCCUGCUGUGAAUUCUUUAGCAAAUUCAUUACUUUGUUUUUUAAUCCCAAAUUCUGGAAUUCAGUAAGCAUGCUGUUAUGUAUCCUAAUAUGAGUGAUAUGCAAAAAUUACAUUUGAAAACUUAAUUUUAUCUCGCAUUUUUAAUGCUGAGAUUAUAGACGAAAUGUUUUCUUUGAAAACUCUUAUUUUUUCCAAUAGACUGUAAAGAAAACUCAAAAUACAUUUGGUGUGUAUCUGAA